AUGUCUCGGGCCGAGAGUGCACUACUAGCCAUUCUCAACCUUGCAGACGACGAGGAAAGUAUAUUGGAGCCGAUUUACAACAUGUUGCAACUUUCAAUCAUGCACCGACACUUCGUGGGCUUUGCCCAGAGUCGAAGCAUUGACGUACCAGAGGAGCGAAGAGAUGAGAGCGGCUCCGGAUUGAUGUGUCCUGUUUGUGACAAGCUGUAUGGCGCUGUGGAUGGUGUUAGUCGCUUCUUUUGUCCGUACGAUGAGGAGGAAGAUGAUGAGCAGCUACAGUGGGAUGACUGGCCUAGUUACUGGGAGCAUCAGGUGCAGGCGGGGCAUGUGGUGUGUCAUGAUGCGGAGACUUUGACUAUUUCUGAGUGA